UUUGUUUCAGGUGGUGUCAGUGCUGCAGUAGGUUAUCCAUUGGAUACAGUAAAGGUGAGAAUUCAGACAGAAGCACACUAUCGUGGAAUAUGGCACUGCAUCACAGAUACAUACAGAACCGAAAGGGUGCCAGGUUUCUUCAGAGGCGUUUCAAUGACAGUUGUAAUGGCAUCACUGAUUUCAUCAUUUUCAUUUGGGAUCUACAAAAACUUCCUUUAUGGUAUCUGUAGACUACGAUAUGGCUCUGCAGACAGAAAACCAUCAAAAGCGGAUAUAUCUUUUGCAGGUUGUGUUACUGGUGCUGUCCGGGUUGUGCUAAUAUCACCUGCAGAAAUAGCCAAAGUAAGAUUACAGAUCCAGAAAGAUCCACAUGGCUUGAUAACAUCAUCUCAUCCUCUUGACUCCAGGCCUAAGUAUCAAGGUUCCUUACAUUGUUUGAGGACAAUAGUGAAAGAAGAAGGCUUUGCAGGUCUCUACAAAGGAUCUUUGGCUCUGCUGGGCAGGGAUUGUCAUUCAUGCGCAGCCUAUUUCCUUACCUACUCUGUCCUAUGUGACUGGCUUACUCCAGCUGGUAAAAACAAACCAGACCUGUGGGCUGUGCUUCUUUCUGGAGGCUGUGCUGGUGUUCUGGCCUGGGGCACAGCAACCCCAAUGGAUGUCAUUAAAGCCCGGAUGCAAGCAGAUGGUGAUGGACAGCGUAAAUAUACUGGACUAAUACACUGUGCCAGAGACAGCAUAAGGGAAGAAGGAAUAAGAGUUCUUUUCAAAGGCCUUGGACUAAACUCACUUCGUGCAUUUCCUACAAACAUGAUGAUAUUCUUAACUUAUGAAGCUGUUCUUAGGUUUGGGGAGCAUUUGCGGAAGUGAAAAUUUUAUUUCAGCCUCAUUCUGUAAGUGUUUGCUUAUUUUUUGAAGUCAAUUUAUUUAAAUACUUCGUCUUCAGACAACUCUUGUGAUGAUAAAUUAGCUUUGCGUUUGCAAAUUUCAGAAUUGGAUAUAUGCAUUAAAGCUUUAUCAUGCUCUCAAAAACUUUUUUUCGUUGUGUUUGUGCAGCCUGAGGGAAUGCUUUUGUUUGUUUUUAUGAACCAUAGUUACAAAUAACUAUGGUUAGGAUGUGGUUCAUGUUGCUAGAAUGUGUUACAUUUAACACAGAAACAAAAGCUGAUGAUCUUCUUUUAGGAGCUGAAGAUCUGCUGUAGCUCAUUCUUUUAAUCGAAACAGGGUCAGUACUGUAUAUCA